AUGAUGACCUCGACGCGUCGACCACUUCGAUUUCUCCUGCUGCUGUUUUUCGUGAUCUCCACAGUAUCUUCACGUAUCUUACCUUGUUUGGACGAUUGCAUCUGCGAACAAAAUGAAGACAGCCCAAUUAUUCGAUGCGAAAACGGAGCUAGACGAAAAAUCGACAUCCCUAGCCGAGAAAUGAACGGUUAUCAGUACAUUGCAUUCACCUGUAACGAUUUGCGAGAAUUACCACCAGCCGCACUACUGAAAGCUGCUUUCCCUAACCUCCAGGGAAUCGACAUCCAAGGCAAUCCGCUCUUUAAUUGCUCAAGUCUUGGAAAUAUCAGGGAAGAGAUUGCCAUUCUAACGGAUUGUGACCCGGACACGAAGCCUAUAAAAUGUAAUGUUAUUGACGAGAACUGCGACUGGAAAUGUAGAACUCUAAACAAACUUCGCGAGCUAUGGCGUAAAGUCAAGACGAGUUUCAUGUCAAAAAUGAAGGAAUGGGGAGCAGAGCAGACGGUGAAUGAGAUUUCGGAUUGGUUCUCGAACACGUACCGUAAGAUUGCCGCAACUCUGUCUCAGUAG